GCGGGUAAUGAGCUGAGCAAAACCGAGAGGAGGUCCGGUCCAACUUUGUCCGCUGUCUCUAUGAUCAACCUCAGGACCGAAGAUCAGAAUAGUUGGAUAUUUUAUUUAGGGAUAAUAUUUGUAAGUAACUCAUUUUACCUUAGGCGUCUCACCUGAGUAUAACGAAUGACAAUUAUUGUUUUAUAAUUGGAGUAUAUAGUUAUAAGUCACUUAAACAUAAAUGGUGCAUUAGGCAAUGUGUAUGUUUACAAAGAACAUUAAUACCCCAGGGCACUGUAUAUUUUCUGUCCUGUUGCACGUCAUUUAUACAUUUGUUCUACCCAGAACCAAGUCUUAUUUUCAGUCCGUCCGGUAGCCCUUUGCUUUACAUACCUGAGAGACUGGCAAUCAUGAGAAACUAGCAAUCAUGAAGAAGGCAACAGUAUAUGAUUCGUCAAGUAUUUCUGAGGACGAAACCCCGCCUGAUGAUAAGGGGCAUAUAAAGUGCGAGUGUGGGGCAUUUAUUUCUCAUGCAACAGAAAUCAUCAACGGUGACGACAGCAUUCAACAGGGUUUUUCUGCAAAAAAACAAUAUCGCUUGUUUGGUAAACCAGUCAAAACGUGGGGUUUCAAAAACCCAUCAAAUUAUCUACACGUGAUUGUGAGGGUGAAAAGCGCAACAGUUGAUUGGGACAACCAAGAGGUGUUGGAUACUUAUCCGUGGUUUAAAGGGUACAGUUGGUCUAUAGCGUACUGCAAAGACUGCAGACAGUUUCUAGGAUGGAAAUUCAUAAAGGGCCAGCAGUAUUUCUUUGGACUUGUGAUCAAGAAGCUACAAGGGCCUCAUCAGGAAGCCGCCAUUUGGUGUGCUGAAUGCAACAUCCUGCUUGCUAAGGCAAUGCACCUCCAGGAGCGAAAUGUCACCCGAAGAAAAGGUGAACGGGAUUCGAGUGAAAGGAUAGCAAUUGCUGGAGUCCAUGGCAUGAGGUUGGAAAGGGUAUCGAACCCCGGUGAAUACUAUUUUCUCAUUGUGCCAGUGUCAGAAUGCAUAAAUUACAGAGCGGCUGGCGGGAAAACAAGCUACUACACGUGGUACAAGGGAUAUGAAUGGGAAAUAAUCUACUGCUCAGGAUGUGGUAAUCACAUUGGGUGGAAAUAUACAAAUCGCAAACCAUCAGACACGUUCUACGGCCUUAUCAGAGAUCGGUUGGGAGGGCUUGACUCAGACCCGCCAGAACUCAGUUUGGGACCCUCUGCAGAGACUGAAUGGUACCAUGAGAAGCGUUUGGCCCUAGUGGUGGGCAACAACUAUUCUAGUGAUCCAGCGCGAAGACUGCCGUCCUGCCAUAAUGAUGCAGAUGAAAUGUGCAAGGUUUUAAGAUCCCUUAACCUGCCAUUCAAGGUAACCGUAUUAAAAGAUGCAAAUGAAAAGGACAUCAUGGAUGUGAUAAAAGGGUGGGGGAGGCAAACUGAUGCAGUUGUCCUUUUUUAUUUUUCGGGUCACGGAGAAAUAUCAAAGGACGGUGUAGCGCAACUUCUUUGUCACAAUGGAGAUAAAAUUGAUGAGGACAAGCUUUUGUUAAGCUUGGGGAAAACAGAAGCAGCUUUCAAAAUAUAUAUAACAGACGCAUGUCGAGGUCAAACUGCCGGAGGAAAAAGUGCUCUGAUGUCAAUGCAAUAUGCCUCCCAGAAGCGCAUAGCUCAUCUUAAAGAAUUAAACGAAACUGACCGUGGCUACGACAUGGUUAAAAUACUUUCUACUUCAGAUGGUACCAAUGCCUAUGCUGGCAGUAAUGUGUCUCUUAGCCCCUUCACUCAGUGCUUAGUAGAUGAAAUUCCAGUCGUCCAGGAAAUAUAUGACCUUUGUCUUCACGUUCAGUCGAAGCUAAGUGAAAAACACAACCACCAAAUUGCCCAAUUUGUAUUUAAAACAAAGAAAAAGUUUUACUUCCAAACUGCAAAAUCCAAUCACAGCUCAAGAUCGUCUGUUAGCAGUGAGCCGUGCGACAGACCUUUACUUUCCCCCAAAGAGUACGACCCAUUAAUAAAGUUGUUCGAAGAACUUUUAAAGGGGCAUACAAUGCAGUUUUAGUUGGAAAUGGUGCACAAAAGUACCACUUUCACAGCAUCAAACACUCCAAAGAUGUGUUUGAAAUCUAUCUUCAAACACGCACCCAGUUCGUAGAAAUACGAACUAAAAAUCGCAUUUACAUCCCGUGAUGGUAACAUACCUGUACCUUGCGUGUCACGUGACUGAGAUACUAGCAUAUAAAUGAACGGACAGGAAGAAGUGUGGGGAAAUUGCUUAACAUACUUUCAAAAAGCCAUCUGCUGUAUCUCCACUAAGAACUCAGCCAUGUUCUAAGUCACCUGCUGUUAAACCCUUUCCCUAGCUGACUUCCGUUGCGCCUGACAUAGGGAUACCUGCAUCAGUAAAAUGAUAACAUCGAAAUACCGGGGAGCAAGAUCCUUUUCUAUGUCUUCUUUGAUACGUUUGCCAUGGCAGUAUAAAUACUGUCUUCGUAUAACGUUUUUUAAUAAUCACUUGUACAUCUCAACUCUGAGCACUUCAAAUUGCAGCCGCAGGUAUCUGUACUGCUCCUGAUGGAGUUGACAAUGUUGAAAAGAAUGGACCAAAAAUGAAGGUCCGUGGGUGAUCUAUGCACAGUACUUGAAACCAGCACUAUAAUAAUGGCUUUGUUUGAACAACGUAGUAUGUUUCAUAUAUGCUUCAACAUACUUAAGAUUGUGAGAUGUAUAUAUUGCUUGUGUUUAAUGAUUUAUUAUACAAAAAAUGUGAAUAAGAAUGUAGCAAAUCUUUACGUUUGAACCAGAUGCAAAAAAUAUGUUGAAUUUUUGUCAAAAAAAAAA